CAGCCUCCAGCCGGAGGAGAAAGAACAUGGCGGGCGCGGCGGGACCUGGGACCUGCCCAGGGGCAGCGGGAGGAGAUGGAGACGAUUCGCUCUACCCAAUCGCGGUUUUAAUCGACGAGCUACGCAAUGAGGACGUGCAGCUCCGUCUUAACAGUAUUAAGAAGUUAUCAACAAUUGCUCUAGCACUUGGAGUGGAAAGGACACGAACUGAACUGCUGCCCUUCCUUACAGAUACAAUUUAUGAUGAAGAUGAGGUACUCUUAGCACUUGCUGAGCAGCUAGGAAAUUUCACAGGCCUGGUGGGAGGUCCUGACUUCGCCCAUUGUCUGCUGCCCCCUUUGGAAAGCCUGGCAACUGUGGAAGAGACUGUGGUUCGUGACAAAGCUGUGGAAUCCCUGAGGCAGAUUUCUCAAGAGCACACUCCCAUUGCAUUGGAAGCUCAUUUUGUACCUCUGGUGAAACGCCUAGCAAGUGGCGAUUGGUUCACUUCACGCACAUCUGCAUGUGGUUUGUUCAGCGUUUGCUAUCCCAGGGCUUCAAAUGCCAUCAAAGCGGAAAUUAGACAGCACUUCCGUUCCUUGUGCUCUGAUGAUACACCAAUGGUACGACGUGCUGCUGCUUCCAAAUUGGGUGAAUUUGCAAAAGUUUUGGAAUUAGACAGUGUGAAAAAUGAAAUUGUUCCAUUGUUCACUAAUCUAGCUUCAGAUGAACAGGAUUCUGUGCGCCUCCUAGCUGUGGAAGCUUGUGUCAGUAUUGCCCAGCUAUUGUCUCAGGAUGACCUUGAGGUCUUGGUGAUGCCUACGCUUCGGCAAGCAGCAGAAGAUAAAUCUUGGCGGGUUCGCUAUAUGGUAGCUGACAAAUUUUCAGAGCUCCAGAAAGCUGUGGGCUCUAAAAUCACCCUCAAUGACCUCAUCCCUGCCUUUCAAAACCUGCUUAAAGACUGUGAAGCUGAAGUCCGAGCAGCUGCUGCCCACAAAGUGAAAGAACUUUGUGAGAAUUUGCCUAUUGAAGGUAGAGAGACCAUAAUUAUGAAUCAGAUUCUGCCCUAUAUAAAGGAAUUAGUAUCCGAUACCAAUCAACAUGUCAAAUCAGCUCUAGCUUCUGUAAUUAUGGGAUUGUCUACCAUUUUGGGCAAAGAGAAUACCAUCGAACAUCUUCUACCUCUUUUUUUAGCUCAGUUAAAGGAUGAGUGUCCUGAAGUUCGUUUGAAUAUCAUCUCUAAUUUGGAUUGUGUAAAUGAAGUGAUUGGGAUCCGUCAACUCUCUCAGUCUCUCCUUCCUGCCAUAGUGGAGCUGGCUGAAGAUGCCAAGUGGAGGGUCCGACUGGCCAUCAUUGAAUAUAUGCCACUGUUGGCAGGCCAGCUGGGUGUGGAAUUCUUUGAUGAAAAGCUGAACUCUCUGUGUAUGGCCUGGCUUGUGGACCAUGUAUAUGCCAUCCGAGAAGCUGCCACCAACAACCUCAUGAAACUAGUUCAGAAGUUUGGUACAGAGUGGGCACAAAAUACUAUCGUUCCCAAAGUAUUAAUAAUGGCAAAUGAUCCUAACUACUUGCAUAGAAUGACCACUUUAUUCUGCAUUAAUGCACUAUCUGAAGCCUGUGGUCAGGAAAUAACCACUAAGCAAAUGCUGCCCAUAGUAUUGAAAAUGGCAGGAGACCAAGUAGCAAAUGUUCGUUUCAAUGUGGCCAAAUCUCUACAAAAAAUUGGACCAAUUCUAGAUACUGAUGCUUUGCAGGAGGAAGUUAAGCCAGUACUGCAGAAGUUAGGUCAAGACGAAGACAUGGAUGUCAAAUACUUUGCACAGGAAGCUAUAAGUGCCGUGACACAAAGGCUGAGGAACCUAGAUUUCCCUGGGAAAGACAGUGAAGAGCCCAGUGCCCCUGAGGCUGACAAGAACCAAUGCCUGAGACCCAGAGUGCAUGGAGAGGAUACUGGGAAGAUUCCAGGGCUUGACUGGAAGCUGGAGGAUGCCCGCAGAGGGAUGCCCGCAGAGGGAGCCAUACUCACUGAGUCCUGUACUCAUGUGUCCUGAGCAGAGGCUGUGCCAGUGCCACACCCCUGUGAUCCUUGACUAGUAAGAAUGUGAAGCUGCUUUUUGCCUUCCUUUCUUUCUGCUUAAUCACCUGGUCGCUCUAGCUGAGAAAAUGCCAUUCUCUCCAAGUCUAAUCACCACGGUUGCCUUGCCUUUAGAUACUCAUGACACCCAAGGAGUGGGCAGAGGUGGGAGAGCUCAGCUGCCUGUUAAGUCCUCCUGCUGGGGGUGUUACUCAGUUGGAGGGGUGGGAGCAUGUAGCGGGCAAUAGAUGCUCCCACAGCAUGGCCCGCCCUCCCUCCUUCCUUCUAAGAGCGCAGAGCCCUCCAAUACUCGGGGGCCAGAGGCAGGAAAAAGCACGAGAAGCAAGGGCCAACUUCAGUCCUGAUCCCAAACUCCUGCUGCCCACCUCACUGACUCCAGACAUGAUUGAACACUCAAGAGUUCUUUAUUUUUGAGGAAGAAAAGGCCCCUGACUUUCUCCUCUUCAGGAGGCCAAGUCUGACAAGAAAGGGAGGAGUUUGACUUGUGUCAACACUAACAUAUCUUCAGUCCUGUCUUGUCCUCCUGGUAAGGCGCCAGAGUCUCCCACUUAGUGGAUUCUGAGGCCUGUUGGUACAGAGACACACCUGUUCCUGUUGUUCCCCCAUGGGGCAGGAGGGGAGCAGACCUAGUGGGGACAGAGGGGGUAAGGGGUAGCUGGGAUGACCAGUGUAGCUCACUGGGAAUUUAGAAAUGGGCUGCCUCCUCUUCAUGGCUGUUCACAUGUGCUGUUUGCCUUACAGGGACCAGUAUGUCAGCUUCAUGUAAAUACUAGAGAGACAUUUGUCCAGCUGGAAAUUGCAGAACUAGUGCAUCUUCCCAAAGCAUAGACUAAUACCCCUGGAUUAAUGAAAGAACAUAAACAAAAAUAAAGUACCACACAUAUUGCACUUUUUGCCGAAUGAAAUUUUUACCUCAUGUCCAUCUUGCCAAAGUCUCUUCAGAGGAGCCUGGUUUACAAGGUAAUAAAGCUAAUGGUUACUAGACAGUAGUGUACACACCGUUGAUGUGGGAUGGACUAGGAGGCAGGUCAACAGUCAAAGCAGCCCUCAGAGAGAGAGAGGCCAGGCCAUCUUAGUGUUCCUUAAUGUCUCUGAAGAGAAAGUGGCUUGGAAGUAUUACUGGUUACUAGUUAGGGAACCAAAAGGUGGUCAGAUGGGGCCGAGCAGACACCUGACCAGGAGAACCAGUUUCCUCUCACAGCUUACAUUUCAGCAAAUGCACAUGUGAUGAGAUUGACUGAUUUCUGCUUGAAGUAAAUGAGAUAAGCAAACAGGAGUGCUAACACAGGCUCCAGCAGGGGAGGUCUCGCUCUUCAUCAGGCAAGUGUCCACUAUUUCUGUCAGUUACCAACAGGCCUGGUUGCUGCUGGUGCUUCCUGAAUUCUCCCUCCUUCCUAAAGCCUCUUUGUGCUCCCUUAUCUGUUGGCCUAAGUUUUCUGCCACAGCUCUAGGUCUCCUGGGUUAAGCAGCUGCCGGCCUUGCUUGGGGGUGGGAGGCAGGAGUGCAUGCCAAUCCCUAACUGUGCCUUUCUGGCAGUUCUGAGAUGAGAGUCCCCAUCUUCAAUCUGGAAGGCAUUUUAAUUUCAUAAUAUUACAGCACUUCUGUAGUAUAUUUUGGGAAAACAUCCUCCUUCAAUCUAAACAAAUCAAGCCCUGUCUUGUAACUGGCUUCCUUUGCAAAGACUUAAAAAACAGAUUAGAGAUCUUAAUGAAAUGCUCUCUUAAAUGAAAUGAUGUUCUGUUUCAUGAAAUCACCAAUCUUAAGCACAGAGAGGAAUAAACAUAGCAAAAACAUUCAUUCUUCCUGGAUUUCCAUCAUGCACUAUUAAAUCACACAAUGACAGUUGCCAUGCUACC